GCACAGGAAUCCAGUCGACGUGGUGCUACCUGCGAGAGAGGGCUAGGCGCUCUCGUUCCUAGCGAAUACUGGGAUGUGCCAGUGCGCGGGUGUUUCUCGAGUGCGCGAGUGGAUCAGGAGAGCGUAAACGUGUGCCGGAUGCCAGGGCGACGAACUCGGGCCAGAGCGGACAACUGCUGCCAGGCCUCUAAAUCAGAACAGUUAAUCGGCGACCUGCUUUCCACAUAGACCAGACGCUCCUACAGGAACACGCAGAAAUCAUGCUCCAGAAAGCAAUUCUGUGGCCUGCCUGCUUUUUUCUGCAUGUGUGUAUUACACACAUUGAAGUAAGUGAUGCACUUCCUCAGUAUGGUGUUGGAGUUAAACCAUGUGGUGAGAUUAAGUGCAGUUUGUUUGAAUUUUGUGCUGCUAAACAUUCUCCCCACUGUCGGGAAUGUUCUGAGGUAUGUGCAGAAAAAGGACCUGCAACGGACCAUCAAACAUGCAGUGAGAAAUGUCAAGAGUACGUUUAUGAAAAGAAAUUUGAAGACUGGUACAAGAGGGUUGAUUCUGAUAUGAGCAGCUUGCGUAAGCUGUCACUCAUUGCUGUUGUGUUAGCAACAGCUGCAUUAUUAUUCAUUGGCUUCUUUCUACUGGUUCAUCUGAAUACUCGACUGAAACCUCUCCUCUUUGGCUUAUCAGUUACCAAAAAGAAGGCUUCUAGUACUGCAGCUGUCAUAAAUAGUGACAAAAACCAUGCUUCAUCCUCAGCCGCAAACUCCAAUCUCCGUUUGAUGGUACCAAAACCAGAUGAGCAAACAACAAUUACUGAUUUGCCAUCAGCAGGUGCAACUACUACAACUACUUUUGGGACAACCAGUAUUCCUUCUACACCUUACUGUGGCAAAAAUGGUGCUAUAACACCAGCUACAAUGUCUACACCACUCAGCACGAGACCUCCAAGGCAUCCCUCUGAAGAUGCAACACUAGAACAUGCUUAUGAUAACCAUGGACUUUCACGUUCUUCUGAGAAUGUCCUUGAUGAAUCUGUCUCACCAAAUGUGAGCAGAGCAAAAGAAAGUUCAUUUUAAAAGUGUUGGAGGUGCCAAGCAAUAGUUAAUUGUGAUUUUGAUCAUCGUACUCCAGUAGUGUGUGGAAUUCUGAUUCACAGUCACAUGAACUUACUGAAUGGCACAGACACGUAUCAAAUCAGUAUCUAUUCCUAAGGUAGUACUUGUAGUUCAUACAGACUAUCAAGCUAAUAACUAAUUUCAGAGUCUGAUGUAUUUUAAAUGCAAGACCAGUUUAUUUUACUUCCUCAAGGCAACUGAAAUUUAUUAGUUUGAUGAAAAAGCAUAUUUUUCCAAAAGUAUUGUGAUAAUAAUAGCAGUAAAAGGGUAUCAGGUAUGUUUGCCUAAAUCAUAUACACUUCUGAAAUAUUACAUUGUCUGAGUGUAAUGGCAUGGUUACAUACUGAACUGGAUCUGCUUAUGAAGAUAGUGUGACUUGUGUGGUGUUAUAAUUUCUGUAAAUGAGUCAUAUUGCCCUUUGAUAUUGUUUGACAGUGUGGUGUAAACUGUGUGGGUGUUUAUGCCUUGUAAUUAUUGGCAUGUUACAGGGAAAAAUGAAGAAUUGUUUAUGUAUAUCAAUAAUAGUAACAAUAUCACCAUUUGACUUUAGAAUAGGAUUAAAUUUUACUGGGCAUACUGCUAAGCUACUUGGUCCAUUUUUUCAUAUUUGUGUAUCAUGUAGUUCACAACUGUAGAGGGAACUGCUGUUAUAUAGGUACAUAAGGUAUAAAAUGUUACAGAGUAAAUAUAGAAGUUCCAUGGUAACUUUGUGAUGAGUAAACAAUCUACUCAUGGUGAAGUUAGCACAGAACUUCUCUAGAAAAGUGUUUUCCUGUUGCUCUGCUUGCUCAACAGUUUUCCUAAACCUCAGUGGUUCAUAUCUUUCAGCAGCCUGUUCUACCUUGAAACUCUCAGAUUUCCCUUCUUCUUAUGUUAUUUUCCAAACUAUGGAGGAUUUAGUGUGUUUUCUAAGACACCAUACUGCAUCUCACAGCAUUCUUUGCAGUACAGGCUAUUGUUAUGGUGAGGUAACCAGUCCCAAAGGAUUUUUAAAGCCACUGCACCCCCCCCCUGACCCCACCCCCACCUCCCCCUUCUGCCUCCCUGGGAAAUAAACUGUGUACUUUUCCUGUCUGCAUUUAGUGUACAUCUUGUGGUCAAAUGUGACAAUGUUUUUCAAAGUGUCUGUGAACUUUGUAACUAAGGCAGUACUUGGUAACCAGCCACAUAAUGAGCUUGGUGGAUGUGGAAAACCAACUAAAAACUACAUCCAGGCUCGCCAGUAAUACCAGCCCCAUCUUUAUCCAUCAGGUGGAUUCAGUCUGGGGCUGGUGAAUCUCCUCUUGUACUGGAAGUGCGUGUUUUAACAUGCUUAGCUAUCUGGUUGGGUCACAAUGUGAAAUUAGUACACAAAAACUACUUCGUCAUGCUGUAACCAACAAAGACAUGCAAGUGGUUACAGAUUUUUAUAAAAUAUGACAAAAAAAGUAAACACACCAUGGAGAGAAAGAAAAGAAGGUACUUCAGUAGAAUUUAACUAUUGCGUCUUUCUGAGAUGCAAUAAUGAGUAGGAUUCAGACAGCUAACAAGGUGGAGAUCGAAGAAACAGAAAUAAAUUCAAGAAGAUGAAUUAAAAAUGCUGUAAUCUUGCAAACAUUGACAAAGAAGAUUUGGAACAGAUAAUGAACAUGGGAAAACAAAUAAAUAAAGAAAUAAAAGAGUGGUAAAUACAAAAGAAGAAGAGAUGUAAGACUGACACAUGAACACAGUGAUUGCUUAUUAUUAGGUUGUAUAUAUUUUGUAUAAGUGGUCAUACUUCAUUUGUGAAUCAUUUAUGGUUUAUUCAUUCACUUAUUAACACAUCAUUUUCACAAUCCUCUUUUCAAAUAAUGAAAGCUUUUAUAUUUUGUUAAUGUCUCAUGAUUUCCCAUCAUAUCAUUUCUGUUUUACUGAGCAUUCCAAAAUAAUAUUGAGUUUUUGCAGUUUCUUUAUUAAUAUUUACUAUCAAAAUGAUCACAACUUCACGAUUGAUCCACUGAUCAACAUGAAUGAGAAAGAAGGCACUUUGAUUUUUGUAGAGGACAGAUGAGCUUUAUAUUUACAUAAAUCAUAGAAUUCAUGGUCUUGAUCACAUUUUAUUUUAUUUGAACAGAUAACUAGUUUUGGCCUUACAGCUAUCACUAGACCUUAUAACACUGGGGAUGUGUAUUCAUCAACGAAUGUCACUGCCUUAUAAGAUCUAGUGAUUUGACCAGUAUUGUGAAACCUAUGAUUUAUCAAAAUAAAUGUGUUAAUGUUAUGUUUCAUUGGCUAGUUCAAAUGGCUCUGAGCACUAUGUGACUUAACAUUUAUUGGCUAGUUAUUGUUUACACUAUGUCAUUAGUCACACUUAUACAGUGUAAUUACUAUUUUAACUCUGCCAUUUCAUAUGCUUCAUCUCUAUUCAAGUAAAAGUUUAUAGGGGCUUCUAUUACUUUAUUUGGUAUGUCUUAAAAAUUCCAACACGUGCACAAAUGUGACGAAUGUUGAUUAUGGCCUGCUAUUGUAGCAAGGAAAAUUAACAGGCACAAUUUGCUUUUCUAAUUUAUUGUUACAAGCUAAUAUUUUAUUCAUUCACAAUUUUUUUUAUUAGUUUGUUAUUCACAUUGUGGAGGAACAACAAAAGUGCUAGAACACAGAAGUUACAUUGUUCUACUUUUCAUUAUGAAAACUAAACUUAAGGAACAUAUAUGUGAUUCAGUUUAAUGCAGUAAAUUGUCCCAAUGACAAAAAUUUUACCUAUCUGCAUAAAAUGAGUUUCAUUAGAAGUGGAGUUGAGAACAGUAAUAAUGUUGGGUACAAAUUCCUACAUAAUAUUCCAUUUAGAGUAACAUUCACCAAUAUUUAAAGCCAAUUUUUAUAUACAUAUUGUGGUGACCAAAGGAUACGAGCUGAAAUCUGAGUCUGCUUUCACAAAGUAAAUGCUUUUAUUUUUUAUGUUUGUUAUUGUGCUGAAUGAGUGAAACACAGCGAUGUCCGCUUCUGCAUUUAUAUUCCAUAUACCACUAUGUUGAAUAUUGAGGAGGGCAGUCAUAUCAGUAUAUGUCCUAAAAAGUGUAUAAACACAUCCUAAUAUGAAAUGACACCAUAACACUGUAGCUAGGAAAACUAAUAGGUACAAAUAUUUGAUUCUAUGCCUUAGCACAAAUGAAAAAAUAAAUCUAACAAUUUUCAUAACAAUCCCAUUUGAAGAACUGUGCCAUCCAUUUCCUUCCUACUAUAGCAAACCGACAUGCAAAUGCAAAACUCGCUAUGAUAUUUUAUGAAACUUUAUUUAUACCAAUCCGUCCAUUAGAAUGUAGUGUAAAUUAAGUUUCUCAUAAAUUUACAAAAGUCAGAAUGAAUAUAUUUGUUCAAAAUACAGCUGAACAUUGAGCUAGAAGAAGAAACAAAAGAAAUCUGAUACCAAAUGCUAAACUUAAAAACCAGAGCAGAAUUGAAAAUUACAAAAAUGGAGGGAAAGGAGUUUAGAUCUCCAAUUUGAUUGCCAUAAUUAUGAAAAUAUGGGCAAGUAGAAAGUAGGAAAACAUAGUGGGAAGAUACAAACAUGAGUAUUCAAAGGAAUACACGCUUUGUACAAAGAGAGGUAAGGAGAUGGAAGAUAUAAGUGCUUCACAAUUGAUUCCUUGCCAACAAUUUUUUAAUUAUAACAUACGUGUAUACCAAUCUAUGAUUUAAAAAGAUUCUCUUCACUGUAUAUUUUAUUUAGUUUUUCUUUAUUUCCAUCUACCUUCCUCCAUCCCAACCCUCUUGUAUACCAACUACAUCAAUGACAGAUGUGUAAGCACACAAUUUAAUAUGUGCUUUUUAUAUCUUGAUAGCCUUUGAGCUGUUCUACUUUUUACAGCAAUGUAUCAAUAGGUAAAUAUGUUUCCUCUUGUACCUCAUGUUUGCGUGAAUUAUCAUGUGUGUUACUGUGUAUGUAAAUUUAUGUUUAUGAAAUCCGUCCAGUUGAAUAUUUUAUAAAGAUGUCUCGGGUCAUUACCCUUGUGUGUGUGUGUGUGUGUGUGUGUGUGUGUGUGUGUGUGUGCGCGCUCUUUUACAAAAUAUUUCUCUCAUUUAUUUUUGUAAACAUGAGUACAUGGAGCGCAUUACCAGUGAAACAAAAUAAAUUCAUUUUAUCAAGUGCAGUAUAAUUGUUCAAGUGAUAUAUUUUUCUAUGCUAUAAAUAUAGUGCAUUUUUGAACUGAUCUGUUCACUACCUUCUUUCAGUCACUAUGGGAAAAGUACAAUAAUUAAACCAGAUUUUCCCUAAAAACUGAAAAUGAAAUAGAGAAGUGUCAUGAGUAAAGAUGCAUACAAAUGUGGAAACAAAAAUCAUCAGUACUUAUAAAUAAUAAAAUCAGUAUAUUUUGUUAUUAAGGAAUGAAAAUGAAAUUUGAUAUUUGUACAAACUGUUUUAAUUUUCUAAAUAACAAGCCUGUAAUAGCUUUUGAAAAUAUUUAUUGCUGUAAAAUAUGGAUGUCCAUGGA